CCUGGCUCCUCCUCCGCGCGCAGCCCAGCAGCGACGGCGGCAGCAGCAGCGGCAGCCGCAGCCACUCCAACCAGCACAAAAUGUCCCUGGAGCAGGAGGAGGAAGCGCAGCCCGGGCGGCUCCUAGGAGGCAGCGACGCCGGCGCCUACUUUGUUGAGCCCAACGUGCGCUUCUGGAUCAACGAGCGCCAAUCCUUUAUUCAACGAUUUCUUAAAUGGACGGAAGAAAGUAUAGAAAACUUGAGGCAACUAUUGUGCACAAAUGAAGAUGCUUCCAGAUCCGCCUUGGAGGACCAAAGGAUACAAGAAGCUUGGAAGCGGAGUCUUUCAACAGUGCAUCCCGACAGCAGCAACCUGAUCCCCAAUCUUUUUCGACCUGCAGCGUUCCUGCCUUUCAUGGUGCCCGCGGUAUUUUUUUCAAUGAUGCCACCAAAAGGGAUCGCGUCCAUGAUUUUACCUAAGGUUUACCUCUAUGCCUACCUGACGGCGUUCAGCAUCAUCAAUGGAAACAGAAGUUACACUUGUCAUCCACUAGAAAGAUCAUUCCUAGGGGUGGCAGCCUUUGCUUCGUCAAGCUUCAUUGGAUUAAUACCUAACUUUAUCCAGAUGAGGUUUUCCUUGAAUACCUUUUUUAUGAAAAGAAUUGUACCUGCAGCUGUCCAUGGACAAGUAAGUGGAAUGAAUGUCUUCACAUCCCGAAGUCUUGAGACCACUAAGGGGAUUGCAGUCAUGGACAAGGAAGGCCAUGUCCUAGGUCAUUCCAAAAUUGCUGGGCAAAAGGCUAUUAGAGAAACAACAGUGUCCAGGGGAGUGCUGCUUGGGACCUCAGCUCUGAUUCCUGAAGUCUUCACCGUCUUCUUUAAAAGGACCCCGUUUUCCCGGACAAAUGCAGGGUCAUUGUGGAUCUGGAAACUGGCUUGUACUGUCGCGUCAAUGGGACUGAUGUUGCCAAUUUCUUUUAGUUUGUUUCCACAGGUUGGACGGAUACAGUGCAGUCAGCUUGAAGAGGAUAUUCAGUCCUUAACAGAAGAAACGGAACUCUUUUAUCACAGAGGGUUGUAGGCGUGAGUUUUAGGUGAAUUGAUGUGGUUCCUGCGUGAAAACCUUGCCCUCUCCAGGUUCGGUUUAGAGAACUCUGCCACAAGUCUUCUGGGAACCCCAGAGGUGUCUGUGCUGACAAGGUGACUUAAAAUUCCACACUGAGAUCGUUCCCAGGCUGGUGUGUCUGGGGUUUUUAAGGCUGGCUAGAGAAGACAGCAGGAAGGGGCCCCCAUCUGACACCUUGGGGAUUGUUGAGGGGAUAGUUGGAGUGAGUCUCAGCCUGUGAAAGGAUACUGUGAAAUCACUAAUUAAUAAACCUGUCUCAAGUUGAGUAUUUGAAGAAAGAA